AACAAAGAUGGACGCUUUUCAUGACCGAUGUGAAGAAGACGGAUACGGAAGGAUUCUUCUCGUGUUGAUUGCGCCCUAACAGCUGAUGAGAUUUUGAAGGGAUAUUUUAUUUAGUUGCUUCGGCGAUUUUAUUUUCCAUAUUAGUGGAUUUUUUUCUUUGUUUGCAACUAAUAAUCAGGAUGAUCCCGACCGAGGAUGCAUCCGUAAGGAAGAGGGAGAUAGAGGAAAAACUAAAGCAGGAACAGGAAACCCUGUCAUUCAUCCGAGAAAAUAUGGAGAAGAGUGAUCAGCUGACUAAAGGAAUGGUGUCCAUCCUGUCGUCGUUCGAGAGUCGCCUGAUGCAGCUGGAGAACUCGAUCAUACCGGUUCAUAAGCAGACGGAGAACCUCCAGAGGCUUCAGGAGAACGUAGAGAAGACUCUGUCCUGCAUGGAUCAUGUGAUCAGCUACUACCACGUUGCCAAGGACACCGACAAGAUCAUCAAAGAGGGACCGACGGGCAGACUGGAUGAAUACCUGGCCUGCAUCGCCAAGAUCCAGAAAGCCGUGGAAUAUUUCCAGGACAACAACCCUGACAGCCCCGAGCUCAACACUGUGAAAGCUCGUUUUGAAAAGGGCAAGGAGCUUCUGGAGGCAGAGUUCCGCAGCCUGUUGACACGCUACAGUAAACCCGUGCCCCCGGUCCUCAUCCUAGAUGCCAUCACCGUAGACGAGGAGCUGGAGGUCCAGGAGGAGGUGAUUCUGGAACAUCUCCCUGAGGCCGUGCUCCAGGACAUCAUCUGCAUCUCUGGCUGGCUGGUGGAGUAUGGACGCAACCAGGACUUCAUGAACGUGUAUUUCCAGAUCCGCUCCAACCAGCUGGAUCGUUCCAUCAAGGGCCUGAAGGAUCAUUUCCGGAAGAAUUCCGCCUCCUCUGGCAUUCUCUACUCCCCCGCCGUCCAGACCAAGCGCAAGGAUACGCCUACCAAGAAGGUUCCCAAGCGACCCGUCUACAUUCCAGGGACCAUACGCAAGGCCCAGAACCUUCUCAAACAGUACUCUCAGCAUGGGCUGGAUGGGAAAAAGGGGGGCUCUAACCUCAGUCCUGCGGAAGGUCACGAUCAUGACCAGCGGGUGAAACACCUGUCAGACGCCCUGGCCGACAAGCACGGGCCAACCACAGGGAAGGACGACGUCCUGGACAUAGAGAUCGACUCGUACAUUCACUGCAUCAGUGCUUUUGUGAAGCUGGCCCAGAGCGAGUAUGCCCUGCUGACGGAGAUCAUCCCCGAACACCACCAGAAGAAGACCUUUGACUCACUCAUACAGGAAGCCCUGGACAACCUGAUGCUGGAAGGAGACAACAUUGUUUCAGCAGCGCGGCGGGCCAUCAUCAGACACGACUACUCAGCUGUCCUCACAAUCUUCCCCAUCCUCCGGCACCUGAAACAGACCAAGGCAGACUUCGACUCCACACUACAGGGCACCGCUGCCAGCACCAAGAACAAGCUGCCCACUCUCAUCACAUCAAUGGAGACUGUCGGAGCUAAAGCGCUGGAGGAGUUUGCAGACAGCAUCAAGAACGAUCCUGACAAGGAGUACAAUAUGCCAAAGGAUGGAACAGUUCAUGAGCUCACCAGCAAUGCCAUUCUGUUCCUUCAGCAGCUGCUGGACUUCCAGGAGACAGCCGGGGCCAUGUUGGCCUCUCAAGUACUGGGGGACACUUACAAUAUCCCUUUAGACCCCCGAGAGACCAGCUCGUCGGCUAGCAGUUACAGCUCUGAAUUCAGCAGAAGACUCCUCAGCUCCUACAUAUGUAAAGUGCUGGGGAACCUACAGCUGAAUCUGCUUAGUAAAUCCAAGGUGUACGAGGACUCUGCUCUGAGCGCUGUCUUUCUCCACAACAACUACAACUACAUCCUGAAGUCACUGGAGAAGUCAGAGCUGAUUCAACUGGUGACAGUAACUCAGAAGAAGGCUGAGAGUUCCUACCAGGAGCUCAUUUUGCAGCAGAUCCAGGUGUACCAACGCAGCUGGCAGAAGGUCACAGAGCACAUCAUGGACCGGAACAUGCCUUCCUUCCAACCAGGGACCAAGCUGAAAGACAAAGAGCGCCAGAUGAUCAAAGAGAAGUUCAAGGGCUUCAACGACGGUCUGGAGGAGCUGUGUAAGAUCCAGAAGGUGUGGGCCAUCCCGGACAAGGAGCAGAGAGACGCCAUCCGCCAAGCCCAGAGGCGAAUGGUUUCGGAGGCCUACAGGGCUUUCCUGCAAAGAUAUGUCAACAUUUCAUUCACCAAAAACCCUGAGAAGUAUUACAAGUACCGCCCAGAGCAGGUGGAGGAGAUGAUUGACAGGCUAUUUGACACAUCCGCCUGAGCCACACCUCCUGACCACGCCCUAAUGAUCACAUCCACCAAUGAACUUCACGCCUGGCCCACACAACGCUCAGCACAAAGUCCUGGGUCCUGUUCAAGAGGAUAUAACUCGACAGAACAUUCAGAUAGAAACACAGAGUGUAGAACUAAUAUGAUUGUCUGUCAGCACAGGAAGUCAUCAGCUUUAUUCAUUCUGUAUCUGAGAUGUUUCCCAUCACUGAAUAAACCCAGAGGCCCCCCUCCUCCAAGACAUCCAUUAUUUUAUGUCUUUUACUCUGGGCUCUGUUGUGUAUAAAAAAAUGUUAAUGUAUUUAUGUUUAAUAUACCUGUCAUCCCAAAUCAGUGAGCAUCUCAAACAAAUAAAGCUGAAUUUGAUUUGCAA